AUGUCAAGUUCCUGUGAUGAGUCUGUGGCAUCUGCUGAAGAAAUAACUGAUAGCUUCUGGGAGGUGGGGAAUUACAAGCGGACAGUGAAGCGGAUUGAUGACGGAUAUCGGCUUUGCAAUGAUCUGAUGAACUGUGUCCAUGAACGGGCCAAGAUUGAGAAGGCGUAUGCUCAGCAGCUGAUUGAUUGGGCCAAGAGGUGGAGGCAACUGAUAGAGAAAGGUCCCCAGUAUGGCAGUUUGGAAAAAGCAUGGAUGGCCAUAAUGACAGAGGCUGACAAAGUGAGUGAGCUACACCAGGAAGUUAAAAAUAGCCUACUGAACGAUGACUUUGAAAAGGUGAAGAACUGGCAGAAGGAUGCCUUCCACAAACAGAUCAUGGGAGGCUUCAAGGAGGCCAAGGAAGCAGAAGAUGGUUUUCGGAAAGCACAGAAACCCUGGGCCAAGAAGAUGAAGGAGCUGGAAACAGCCAAGAAAGUAUAUCACUUGGCAUGCAAAGAGGAGAAGCUCGCUAUGACCCGGGAAGCUAAUAGCAAGGCUGAGCAGUCCAUUACCCCAGACCAGCAGAAGAAGCUUCAAGACAAAGUGGAAAAAUGCAAGCAAGAUGUACAAAAGGCUCUGGAGAAAUAUGAGAAGGUUGUGGAGGAGGUGAAUAAGUGCACCCCACAGUACAUGGAGGGCAUGGAGCAGGUCUUUGAGCAAUGCCAGCAGUUUGAAGAGAAGAGGCUGAAUUUCCUGAAAGAGGUGCUGUUAGACAUCAAGCGGCACUUGAACCUGGCAGAGAACAGCAGCUAUUCAAAAGUCUACCGUGAGCUGGAGCAGACCAUUCGUAUGGCCGAUGCACAAGAAGACCUUCGGUGGUUCCGUAACACCAGUGGCCCCGGGAUGCCUAUGAACUGGCCUCAGUUAGAAGAGUGGAAUCCAGAUGCAGCACAAACAAUAACCCGAAGAGAGAAACCGAAAAAGAGUGAAGGAGGCAACACACCCAAUGCCAGUGGAGGUGGGGAGGCAACAGCACAGGGAGGAGAUCGUGGCAGUGUCAGCAGUUACGAACGUGGCCAAGCCUACACUGCAGAGUGGUCAGAUGAUGAGGGUGGCAACACUUACAACUCCAAUGAAGCCAAUGGUGGUGCCAACUCCUUUGAAGAAGAAACAGCUGGGAAAGGUGUGCGUGUACGAGCUCUGUAUGAUUACGAUGGGCAAGAGCAGGAUGAGCUGAGUUUCAAAGCAGGUGAUGAAUUAACCAAAUUAGGUGAAGAAGAUGAACAAGGGUGGUGCAAAGGACGUCUGGACAACGGGCAACUUGGUCUUUAUCCAGCUAACUAUGUGGAGUCUAUCUAAUUCUGUCACAUUCUCCUUGUGCUGCCAGAAUUCAACCCUCUCCAGUCCACCAUCUGUCUAUACCUGCCAAGUAGGCAUCUUGCUCUUCAGUCACUCACUCAGCACAGUUAGAGUUCCAAACAUAUUUUCCAAUCAAUCUUUUAUUUUUUUAACUGCAUCUCUAAAAAGUAUUUUGUGGUAGCUUUAUUAUUUUAGUUUCUUAAAGAUAAUGAGAUACGAAAAGUCAACACGGUCACUGGAGGGCUUGUUUUGUAACUGAAAGCCAAUACUUCAAGCCUUUAAAACGUAACCAAUAAGGCUUCUGAUUAGUUGGAUUUUAAGUAUAAAGUGUAGCUAAGACGCCUUCCAAAUGGCUUAUUCUGUCUAAAACUUCUAGCAUUUAAGCUCUGGGGCAAAUCCAAUUCACUGAAAAACCAGAUCAGACAAAAAUAAGGAGACAGGAAAUAUACUUUUUUAUUCCUUAUUUUUCUCCCACCCCUUUACAGUAUGAUAUUUCUUACCUAUUUAUAUUCUCAAAAGCAAAAGACAAGAUAUACUUUGUUCCUUCCAAGAAGUCUCAAUAAGCUGCAAUAGUCUACAUUCCCCUUGAUCAUCCAGCAAUCAUCCAGAACGAUGGUAGCAACUGAACGAUAUGGCAUGUGUAUUAUGCCAUGAAUUAAAAGAUUUGCUCCAUAAUCAUUUCCUCAAUGCCACUGAAAGAUGUGGCUUGUCC